CUCAAUUGUGGAUGCAUCUGUUUGAUGAUAUAAGCUUACUGCAAUGCGGAUAAUCCACAUGUGUGCAAUAUGCAGCCAUUUUACGAGCACAUUGUUGCCUUGGUAUAAAUAAACCUGUUUUUUUUCUCUGCCGGUUAACAAAAAGUAAUAGUUAACAGUGUUCUGCCAACUUUCUGAGCAUCAAACUUCUUCUCCGCAUAUCUACUUUUCGAGGCUGUAUUUUAUAAAUAAUAAUUCAAAGAUUUGUUUUCUCACUCUCUCGUCAAUGAUGCAGCUGGUCACGAUCGCAUUAUCUCUAAUAUUAUUCUGCAGCCUUUUUGGAAUAAUAGAGGUCGCGAGCCACAACCAUGAUGCGGUGACAGUUAACGAUGUAUUAGUAAACGAAGAUAAUUCUGCAGAUAAUCAAAAGAAGAAAUCAACUUCUUGUGUUUUUGGCGUUAAAUCAGUCUCGAUGACUUUGUUUACGAGUGAUAAUGGUAAUGGAAAAUUCGAAGUAAACGAAUCUUACGAUGUUCUUGAUCGUUCGAAACCGGUUUAUUUCGUGGUUCAUGGAUUUAUUUCAAAUGAUUCUCCUUUUAACUUAUUUGAUCUUGUUUUUCUAUUGUCAAAGGAAAAUACGGUAUUUUCACUAAAUUGGUCUGACACAGCGUGUUACAAUAACUCAUCUAUCACAAAACUACUAUCUUCUUCUGCAGUGAAAAAUACUCGAGAUAUUGGUGACUACUUGGCAAGCUACACCUUGUCACUGAUCGAAUACGGUGUUCCAUUGAAGAACAUCACAUAUAUUGGCUACAGUCUCGGUGCACAUGUAAUUGGCUUCGCCGCAAAGAAACUUCAGAUGUUGAAUAUGAUAAUUCCACGUCUCAUUGGUGUCGAUCCUCUGGCUUACGGAUUUAUGUUUAACAAGUGCGAGAACAGAUUAUGUUAUACAGACGCCCAAUUUGUAACAGUUCUUUACACAUCUCCUCUCAGCAUACAGAAAUCUGUAGGUCAACUUAAUUUGUGGUUUAAUAACGGAGCAGGCCAACCAUAUUGUGGUGACGCAUUAAUUAAUAAUUCGAACAUUAAGUGCUCGCAUUCUAUGUCUAUCAUAUAUUUUAUUAAUAUAUGGUCAGGUGAUUGUGAAUUUCUUGGUGUUCCUAUAAAUAAGAGAACAAAUCCUCUCCUCAGUGUCCCGCCCGGUUGUUCUAUCAAUAGAAUCGGCAGCGUUAUCGUGGAUAAUAAAAUAUUCAAAAGUAACAGUACCAUUGUAGGAGACUAUUGUAUCCCUGUUACGUCAGAAUAUCCUUAUUGUACAAAGAAAAAUUUAAAGAAUUUGAAGAGAUGUGAAAAAUAUGAAAUAAUUGAUAAUAAUUCCAACACUUCAGUUUUAUUGUAA